AUGGCGUCGGAAGCGACAAAUAUAUGCAGUACGGCUGUGCCAAUUUUGUCGGGCGAUAGAGAAGGUUUGAGCAUGGAAGAACGCGAAGAUAGUUUGUAUAAAGCAUUGCAAUGGGUCAGAGACGAACUAGUGAGUAACUGAGUGCAAUUUAUGAAGUGUAAUGUUAAAUAUUUAGACAAAUAAUUUGCUAUUUUUGACACUUGGUUGUUAGUUGUAAACAUUAACGCAUGCGGUGUUUGAAAUAUAUAUUACUGCCUAAUAUUUUGUCAACAAAGCGACUAGGCGUAAUUUGUUCACUUUAAGGUUUAGAAAAACACAAACUUAGUUUAGACUCAUUGAAUUUAAUGUUGAAAAUUGAGUCCACUGUUUAUUAAUUUAUUAACAUUGAUAUUAAUUAAAAGGAAAUGGUUGUUUGCCCAUGAUAAGGGAUGCAACUAGCUGAAAAAUAGAUAUUCGAGCUGAGAACUUCGAUAUUUUCAGCUAAGGCCCUUCGUUACAAAGUUCGUAGCCAAUUCUUCAUGGAUACCAAAGUGCAAACACUAUUUGUCCGGUACUCUUCAUUCUUUCAGCGUGCUAAAGUCACAGAAUGGAGACAAAAGUCUUACUUACUCAACCAAAAAAGCAUAACUGCUUUCAUCAGAUUGCACUUGCCAUGUUCCUAGCUAGUGUGCUUAUAAAUGAGAGGCACUCAACCCCGAACAUCCACCAUUUUGAGGGGGGUGAAUGUCUCGUAUAAAGCACACUGGCUAGCAACAUGGCGACAACAUUGCAACGGUUACACCAAAAUUAUAGGCAAAACCAAGUCUUUAUUCUGUGAUACUAGUGACUGACUAUUUGAAUGAACUGAUCAAAUUAAUUCACAAUGACAGUAUUAUUAUAAUAUUAUAUUUUAGAACACUUUGAAAUCUCAGGAUCAGUCUCUGAUGCGUCAAUUCUCGAGUCUUCGUACAAAAAUCAACAUGAUAAAAGACGAGCUGCCAGCCUCGAUUGAUCGAAGCAGUACCAUCAGUUUCACUUCUCCCAAACCUUCAGACGAUGAAGAUGUCUUUUUUGGUAACAAUGACGUGCGAAUUCGAGUGAACUCGCAGACAAAUUUCAGAACUAAAUCAUAUUCUUCUGGCAGUGACGAAGAAAAAUUAUAA